GCAGAGAGAGAAGCGAGCUAAUCUUGUGUACAAAGCUUUGCUGUUCUGCAGGAUAUUCGGCCAUUACCCCGAACCUCAGUCUUCUCGGAAAAUCCAUCGGAAAACUUGUCAAUCGGGUUUUCGUACUCUCUCUAUUUUGAGCAAUGAGUGGUGUUCCAAAGAGAUCUCAUGAAGAGGGUGUUCCUCAUUCCUCCUCCUCUUCUUCUUCCAAGUACCCUAACGAAGAUUCAGGUUCUUACCCUAAGCUGACGACGGGGUCGGCGGCUAUGGCUCCUCAGCCGGCUCAGGUUCAUCAGCAGCAUCAUCACCACCAAAUCCAUCAGCAUCCAUCGCACCCUCAUCCCCUUCCUCAUCCUCCCUCUCAUCCGCGUUCUCACCCACAUGGCCCUUACGAGCUCGACUCUAGAAUGGCCAAGGUUCAGAGAGCUGAGCCGAGAGAUGCUGAGAGGCGAUCCCCUCUGCACUCUGUGUACCAGGCGCCACCAUCCUCCACUUCGAAUGAUCCCCAUAUGACUCAUGUCCCGGUGUUGGAGCCGAGAGAGAAUAAGGACGGUAGGGAGAUUCGGGUUGAGAGCCGAGAGAACAGGAGUGAACCAGGAGAGAUGUUUGGUGAGGCAAAAAGGGAUAUUCAGAGUGGUAAGGGUGAAAGGGACGUGAAAUUUGAGGGCAGAGCUGAUGAUAAUGUGGGCAAUAAUAAUGGCAGCGGCUAUGGUAGAGAUACCAAGUUUGAAAGGGAGAAUUAUAAUGACCAGAAGGCUGAGAUUAAGAUGGAAAAGGACGGGCAUGGUCAUUUGGCUUGGAAAGACCAGAAGGAUUACCAUAGAGGGAAAAGAUUUGGUGAUGGCUUGGGUGGAAAUGCCGACCCAUGGCUUGCAUCUCGUGAUACUCUGCAAGGCCCAAGUGAGUUUGGGGGGAAAGAGAUCUCAGGGCCUGAGGAGGGAGCGCAUUUAGAAGGGCAUGAGACUUUAAGAGAGAAUAUAUUGAAAAGUGACGAUAGAUUUAGAGACAAGGAUAUGAAACGCAAAGAGUUGAAGCACCGUGAAUGGGGGGAACGAGAUAAGGAAAGAAAUGAUCGCAGAGGAUCCUUGCAGAUUGGUGGUGUCAUGUGUGAGUCCAAAGAAAUUGGAAGAGAAGAAAGCGAAGCAGAUAGGUGGGGACGGGAGAAGAUGGAUCAGAAGGAACAAGAUAGACUAAAAGAGAGGGAAACAGAUCACGUUAAAAGAGAGACAUGGAGUGGUGCUGAGAGAGAGAUCACACAGAAUGAGAAAGAGUUGGGAGAAGCAUCUGUGAAAUUACCAGAGCAGGAAAAUAUGGUAUCAGAACAGAAGAAACCGAUAGAUGGUGAUAACUGGAAAGGUGGUGCUGACAGAGAGUCUAAGGACAAAAGGAGGGAGAGAGAUGGUGUUGAAGAAGCAGAGAGAGCUGAAAAGCGUAGUAGAAUCAAUGAAAAAGAGUCUGAAGAGGGAUUGGUGGAUGGUGAAGUGGCAGCAGAGAAGGACAAAGAUGUCUUCAGUUAUGGAGUUCAGCAGCGAAAGAGGAUGCUACGGCCAAGAGGCAGCCCACAAAUGACCAACCGCGACCGUUUCCGUUCACGGGCUCAGGACAAUGAAGGAUCUCAAGGCAAAUCAGAAGUGUCAACUGUUUCUUACAAAAUUGGAGAGUGUAUGCAAGAUUUGAUUAAGCUAUGGAAGGAAUAUGAAUCAUCACAUCCUGAUAAAACUGGGGAUUUCGCAAAUAAUGGCCCCACUCUUGAAGUUCGGAUUCCAGCUGAGCACGUUACUGCUACCAAUCGCCAAGUGAGAGGUGGCCAACUAUGGGGAACAGAUAUAUACACAGAUGAUUCCGAUCUUGUUGCUGUUCUCAUGCAUACAGGUUACUGCCGCCCCACAGCUUCUCCUCCUCCACCUACAAUUCAAGAAUUGAGAGCUACCGUCAGGGUGUUACCGCCAAAAGAUUGCUAUUCAUCCAAGCUGAGGAACAAUGUCCGCUCUCGAGCAUGGGGAGCUGGAAUCGGAUGCAGUUACAGGGUUGAGCGGUGCUAUAUUGUGAAGAAAGGAGGUGGUACUAUUGAACUUGAACCGUGCCUUACACACUCUUCUACUGUUGAGCCUACACUUGCUCCUAUGGCUGUCGAGAGAUCAAUGACUACCAGAGCUGCAGCUUCGAAUGCUUUGCGGCAACAAAGAUUUGUUCGGGAAGUUACGAUACAGUACAAUCUCUGCAAUGAACCUUGGAUCAAGUACAGCAUAAGUAUGGUGGCUGAUAAGGGUCUGAAGAAGCCCCUCUUCACCUCUGCACGCUUGAAGAAGGGAGAUGUUCUCUACUUAGAAACACAUUCAUGCAGGUAUGAACUCUGUUUCACGGGAGAGAAGAACGUGAAAGCCGUGCAAGCAUCACACUCCAAUGAGGGGGAGGGAGAUAAUAAGUCUCAGAAUCAUAACCAUAAUCAUCACUCUCAUAUGACAAACGGAGAUAAAACAGAGUCGGAUAACGUAAUAAUGGAUGUAUUCCGGUGGUCACGGUGCAAGAAGCCUCUCCCUCAGAAGGUCAUGCGUUCUAUCGGGGUUCCCCUUCCUCCGGACCAUAUCGAGAACAACAUGCGAAUAUGCGUGUGUGAAAGAGCAGGUGAUAGACGACAACUUGGACUGGGAAGACGUACAGUGGUCUCAGACGGGUGUUUGGAUUGCCGGCAAAGAGUAUUCACUUGCUCGUCUUCAUUUCCUCUCUCCCAAUUAAUAAAAAAUUAAAUUUAACCAAAAAAAAUAACAAUGGGUUAUUUAUGUUUCACCACUCAAAUAUUAUAUAUAUAUACAGUUUGUUUUCAGCUAUUUGUUGUAUACUUCCUCUUCUGUCUUGUUGUAAAUGCUUCUUACUCUGUCUGAAUCGCAUUUUCCAUUUCCCUCGGGAUUUUUAUUUUA